AUGGCCCUUCCUGACCAUGGUGCCGAUACUCUUUGGGUCGACACGGGCGCGGCCGUCUUCACAUACGCUCAUCACAUCGCUGUUCUUUACCUCAAUCGAAGAAACCAGCGUACGUCGAAGAAAUUCCCCGUGAUGUCCACCUUAUGGUGCAUCAUAACUCUCUUCCUAAUCGGAGCGUUAUGGCUGGUAGCCCUCGCAUUCGAAUGUAUCUCCGGCCCGGGAUAUUUUUUGGGACCGGCGGUGCAGGCGCUCGGGUACGUCGUGGAGCUGUUGUUGACGCUUAUCGAAGCAGGGAUCAUCAUCUUCUUGGGAUCCAGAUGUAUACUGGAGAGAAAACACACCAAGCGGGCGUAUGGAGGAACUUGGGAUGAUCUACAUCCGAUGAAUGCUAGUGAGUGA